CGGAUAGGAGAUCCCGAUGCAUGUAUUGGAGAGAACAAGAAACGUGCGAAUAUUCACUGAGGUUUUUAUUUAGUUGGGUGGUUAUUAACAAACGUGCAUAGCACUGUUUUAAAUACACUUGUCCGUCGCUUCAUAAGUUUGAAUAGAAGAGAAAGCAACCCGGGUAGUGAACUGCAAUUCGGACCGGUACCUAACGUUAUAAGGCAAAUGUUCGGCGACAUCUAGCCAACAACUGAAAUAGGGACAUCAGCGUGGCUCUACACAAAAGGACUCAGACUUGAGUGAGCGACUGUGCGAAAAAGUUAGCCAUGCCAUCAGUGAUGGAGCGAUCAGGGUCUGGUGUUCUGUCCCGAAGCAGGGCCAAAACAGUCACUAAUGGCAACAGCCAGCACUCCGAGGAAGAGAGCAGUGAUGAGGAACACUCACAUGACAGUAUAAUCCGCGUUGGUGGAGACUACCAGGCACCGAUCCCAGAGUUCAAACCAGACUGUGCAUCCCGCUUCAGCGAGAAGGACCAAAGGAGCAUGCUGGUCUGGUCACCCAAUAGCCAAGUGUCUGAUGCCAUGUUGGAUGAAUACAUUCUGAUGGCCAAAGAAAAGCAUGGGUACAACAUGGAACAGGCUCUUGGCAUGCUUCUGUGGCACAAGCAUGAUGUGGAGAAGUCACUGGCUGACCUGGCCAACUUCACUCCCUUCCCUGAUGAGUGGACAGUAGAAGACAAAGUUCUGUUUGAACAGGCUUUCAGUUUUCAUGGCAAGAGCUUCCACCGCAUCCAACAGAUGCUGCCAGACAAACUGAUCUCAAGCCUGGUGAAAUACUACUAUUCCUGGAAGAAAACUAGAACCCGGACAAGCGUCAUGGACCGCCAAGCACGCAAGCUCCUCAGCAAGAGAGAGAAGGAUGAGAGUAAUGACGAGAUAGAGGAAGGAGAUCCAGGCAGCGACAGUGACUUUGAGAUCAACAGCAAGAAAGAGACUACAAAGCAGAAUGCUGGAAAUGGAGCAGGGAGUGAUAAGGGCCCGAGCAAGUCUGGCCCGACUCGGAAAGAGAACCAGGGUGCGCAGUACCGACACCAUCCUCUUCGGGCUCGCCGGAGGCCUCCUAAAGGCAUGCACCUGGAGCAGGAGGACAUUGUUGUUCUCUCAGCAUCCACUGAUUCAGGAACUGUUACUAUCAGACAGCUGGACACACAGCUAGUGUCACUUAAAAGACAGGUCCAAAGCAUCAAGCAAACCAACAGUGUUCUCAAGCACAACUUGGGUGAAGGCAUUGAGGGCAUAAGACUGUCAGAGCCCACCCAAAAAAUUAACUCUCGCUGGACGACGGAGGAGCAGCUCCUUGCUGUUCAGGCUAUCAGGAGAUAUGGUAAAGACUUUGCAGCCAUCGCAGACGUCAUUGGCAACAAGACGGUGGCACAAGUGAGCUCAUUCUUUGUCAGCUACCGGAGACGCUUCAAUCUUGAGGAGGUGCUACGUGAAUGGCAAGCAGAACAGGAAGUAGUUCAAGGGAACAGCGGGAGAACUGCGGACACGGAACUGAAUGGGUCGACAGGAGUGGAAGAUGAUGAGGUGAAGAUGGAUGGCAUCUCUCCCCCUCACUCUGACAGUUCUCUGGCCUCCUCUGACGCCAGUGUUGCUGGAAACUUGAACUCUGCACAAUCCUCCCCACCCCUCACUCAACCGCCACCCUUACUGCGCCCUGCUCCCCCAUCAGCACCUCCUAGCCUGCUCCGCCAGCCACCCCCGCUACAAACGCGACCUCUACAAAACCGGACAUCCCACAAUCCCCCUCCCCCUCCCCUCAUCAGACCUGCAGUGGCAUCCUCGCUCCACCAGGGGGCACUGAGGAACUCUCUAGGCUCCUCUGCCGGACAGCUGCCACCCUCUCUGGUUGGGUUGAAGGUGGAUUCCCCUCAGUCACACUGACUGCAGUGUAGUAGUUGCCCUCUUACAUUGAAUUCUCUUUUUUUUUUUUUUUAACUGGAGAAAUUGCAAACUUGGUCUCCAGUCAAUGUAAAAGGGCAAUAUCUAGAAAUGCCUCUUGAGAGAUAGAAAAAAAGUAGUUGUGCAUAAAAGCAUAAGCUGGGUUGCACCAAAAUACAGGUCAGGAAGGUGAGACAGUGACAAGCAAGGAUGAAUUAAUGGUAUUCUGCCUAAUGAACUACACAGGACAGAAGAGAAGCCUUCACAUACAUGCAACCAGCUAAUAUCUUCACCUAUAAUAAAAACCUCAGUCUUGCCAAAAACAAUACACACUACUGCUCCACAAACUCAUCUGUCCUCAGGUUUUACAGUUAUACCUCGUCCCAAGCACAACUGUUUCCACCAUAACUACAGCUAUUAAAACACCAUCCAUAAUAAAAAGCUCAGCAACUUGGUAGAGAUGUAAGAAUUUUAACCAAAAUUGUGGGGUAAAAACCUUAUACACUGGAUUGCUAUGGCAAUUAAAAACUGUUAUGAUAACAGACUCAUGUGAGUUCCUUCCACCAUCUCUAUGGCAACAGCUGCACAUCACCAAGUAUGUAUCACUAAAGAUGCCACAGUGUGUUCUUAAGUGCACCUGGUGUGAGGAAACUGGGAAAUCAUGUUUACUUCCUAUCCCUUUUGAAGAUGUUGAUAGAAUCAUACUGGGUGAAGUAGUUUUUGUUGUUUGUAUAAUUAGGUUCUUAAGAUAUUGUUAGGUAGUGAAUUUAUGUAGUACUAGUAAAUAUUGACCAAGCACUAAAUGAUUAAAUGCAAAUACUUGAUUUUUUGUUUUGUUUUUUGGAACUCUGAAAUACACUGAUAUAAUCUUGCUCAUAAAAGGCACAAACACGAGACGUCAAAACACUAAAGAUGAUUGUGCAAGACGAUUUCUCGUUUCUUCCAAAAUGCUGUAUGUAUGUGAGAACUGUUUACAUGUGUAACUGGAUUUGCUUGUGACUAUUUUUGUUUGUUUUCAGAAUAAAGCGAUAA